AGACCGUCGAUGAGAGCCCACAAAUUGUGCCGAUGAAGAGAAUUGAUGACAAGCUACCAAUGACCUGGCGCUAGGCUGUAGAUGUUCACAUCACUGGGACGCUCUCGCGACCUAUGGGUGGCAGUACUCGGCUGGUCAGCAAAAAGGCUUGGCUACAGCCAUUCCGCUGCGUCGUUUCAUCCACGCGAACGCCAUUUCCGGAAACUUGCUCAAUAUCACUCGAAACGUGCAUUUCGCUCCCAUGAGGACGCUCGGCUCCACGCAUGCGCUCCACAUGGCAUACAUGUAGCACAAUCUAGUUGUUCCGAUAUGGCAAUGGCGACAAUGGUCUCUUCAACAACUUGCUCAAAUGUCCUCUCAACAUGCAAACAGUCAUGUCCGAUCCGAAACUCUCAUAAGAAAGGAGGGGUGAGUAGCUUGUAGGCGACAAUAUAGAAGGGCCACGGUCGUAGCCGUCGAUGUGCAUUGAUUUGUUGGUUGCCAGCUCGUCAACAUGAGGACCUCCACUGUACUUGGUAUCAGUCUGCCAUUACUUUCAUUCAGCCUCGUCGCCGCGGAAACUCAGUAUGGGGUACUUGGCUUUGGUAUACCGAUGUAUCAACCAUUGUGUUGCUACUCUUGUCAUGAUUCGCUCUCCUCUCUCUACCUCAAUUGUACGACAUUUUCGACAAUGGACAUGCAUAGCGGUAUGGAGAUGAAGCUGAAAAAACGCAUGGACAUGGGAGGCGAGUCAAUGGCGACGACGAGUGAUGCUUGCUACGCUGGAAAUCAGGCUUGGCUCGAGACCUUCGCCAAUUGCGUCCAUGACAAGUGCUCCGAACAUGGCGUUAGCGAAAGCAGACAAAGCCAAUGCUUCGCCAAACUAGCUGCCAAUGGACAGCAUGUCCCGACAUUGAGUGCUUCUUUGCCGGCGAAUACUCCAAAUGUCGAGCUGGACCCGAAGGCCGUCUGGCUGAACCUGACAAGCCUGGUCAAUGCAGAGACGUAUCUGGCCAACUACGUGACGAUGAAAGAGUUCGUAUCAUCUGAGCAUCGACACACCCGCUACUCACUUAUAAGCAUACUCUUCGUCGUUGGCACUUGCUUUGUCGUUGGAACUUGGAAGUCCCACUUUGCUUCAAGGGUUGCCUCCAGCAGCAUGUACAUGAAGCUCGGUCAGCACUUGUUUGUGCCUGCAGCAUUCAACAGCAGACAUCUGUCGCCGUUACCUUACCGCGUCGGUUAUCUGCCCAAACGUGCCCUUUCAUUGUUCAUCGCCGCAUACGUCAUCCUCAACAUCAUCUUCUCGGCGGUCUCUUUUCAUCAUGUAACCCCGAACGCCUGGUAUGCCGACCGGCGACAUGAGAUCGCAGCAUAUGUCUCCAACCGCACAGGCGUUCUGAGCUUCGCGAAUCUGGCUUUGGCAAUCCUCUUCUCUGGCCGAAACAAUCUGCUCAUGGCAGUCACUGGCUGGAGUCAGAGUACAAUGCUAGCCAUCCAUCGCUGGGCGUCUAGGGUCGCUACCCUGCAAGCCAUCGUUCACUCGAUCAUCUAUACUAUCACCUACUUCUGGACUGGAGGGUCGGCAGCGUAUAAGGUCGAGGCAGCUAUGCCUUACUACUGGUGGGGAAUCAUCGCCACCGUUGUGCUAUGCCUUACAGUAGGCUUUGCAGUGCUUCCCAUUCGCAUCCGGUCGUAUGAGAUCUUCCUCAUCACGCACAUCGCUUUUGCUAUCCUUGCGCUGAUCGGCUGUUGGUAUCACAUCGACUUACGAUUUGGAGACAAGUGGGGCUACAAGGUCUGGUUGUACAUCGCUUUCGCUUUCUGGGGCUUUGACAGAAUGAUGCGUUUCGUCCGUCUGAUGUACUACAACUACUUCGGGAGUCCCAUCGCUGUUAUCAAGCUGAUCCCGCAUACCGAUGUCUUGCAGAUGACCAUCUUCCCCAAGAAGGCUUGGAAUGUCCGACCUGGUCAACACUCGUUCCUCUAUUUUCCGAUGCUUGGAAAGCCUUGGGAGAAUCAUCCUUUCACUAUUGCAUCAUGGGGCAGUCCGAAUGCUCAUGACGAUGUGCCAACCGCAGUGAGAGCUUCAAAGACCAAGGAAGCAGAAAUCACAGAUGUUGAAGUCAACAGCUCAUCAGCCUCUCAGACUAGCGAUGAGUCACGUCAUCCUGAUCAAAUGGUGUGUCUCAUGCGCGCCAGGAAAGGCAUGACUGAUUCGCUCCUGCGCAAUUUGAAAGAGUCAGGGGCAAAUUCGUUGCCAAUCUCCAUCCUCACUGAGGGACUAUAUGGCGGUCAUCGCGCAUCCUUGCUGCCGCUCAAGACUGCAGACACUAUUAUCUGUAUUGCUGGCGGUAUUGGUAUCACUAGCUCAAUGAGCUUUCUGCAACAAUAUGUGAACGAGGCACGAAGCACUGAGACUUCUUCCAAGGUUUUUAUGGGCUGCGCGACUAGUUUCGUACUUGCUUGGUCGGCCAGAGAAGAAUCAUUGCUUCAACACGUCUCUACGUCGCUUCUGCCGGACUCCGGCAUUGUACGAAACAGGCACAUUGAGUACCGUUUCUGGUGUACGGGAGAAAGCGGCAGUCAAGACAAGGGCCUCGAGCAAGGAAGUGAUCUGCAAAGAGGCCGGAUGAAUGUUGAGAGCGUGGUGAGGUCGGUAGCAGAGAAAGGUAGAAGGGUAAUUGUCGUGACCUGUGCACCAGGUACCAUGUCUGACGAAGUAAGGGCCGCCGUCGUAGGAUGCUUGAGAGAUGGUAUGCCUGUCGAUCUCAUUGAAGAGGCGUUCGCGUGGUAGUCAGAUGCUCAGAGCUUGGACAGUUUCUCCUUUCUGAUUAGAUGUUUAAAGCCAA